AUGAUUCUCCCGGCGGAGUUCGCAGGCGAGAUACAAGGAGUGGGCAAGUACUGCAGGUCGCAGUUUCCGCUGAGAUUGGCGUGGGCGAUCACUGUCCACAAGUGCCAGGGCAUGACCCUCGACGGCGGCCACGUGGACCUCUCCCACCUUUUCGAGCCGGCGCAGAUGUAUGUGGCCCUCUCCCGAUUCAGGAACUUCUCGGAGCUGAGGUUGGAGGCGCUACCUCCGGCGGAUCGGCUGAAGCAGUUGGCCGGCAACGCCAGCGGCGCGAUGCGCAAGAGGGCUGCGCGGUUCCACGAGGAUCUGGAGCAGCCUCGCGCGAACUUGGCGACGACGACCGCCCACCCCGACGGCGACACCAGUGCCGACGAUAGCUACGCCGACUCCGCUGGCAGCGACACGGAUGGCGACACCAGCGCCGACGAAUUGCUGGUGCACCCCGAGCUGGGCCGCGAGGGCGCGUGA